AUGAGUGCAGAGGUCAGCACUCCGACAGCCUCUACAAGUGGGGGUUCAGUUGGUCAAGUUCUUUAUCCGGUUCCUCCUCACCCACUUGAUCUUGAAAGAUAUUGUGGACCAUUCGAUCUUGUUGAAGCGUCGUUGAUCAAAAGAAUUGCAGAACUUCAAGUUAAGUUCGAUCAAGGGAUUGUCGAUCUUACUAAAAAAUGUCGCCAGCGUGAUGCUCAAAAAAAACUACUUGAGGGAAUGGAGCAGCAGUUUGAGACUCUGAGUCAAACUCCGGACGAUGGGUUGGAUACUGUCGAGUUUGAGCUUGAAACAGAGCGUGAAGUUCUUGAUAAGCUUAAAAAAGAAGUGGAGAAAAUCUCCGAUGAAACUUCAAAUAUGAUUGACGAAAGGAUGGAUCUCAAAGAAGUACUUCGAAAUUACUUAGGUAUGAUACCAUCAGGGGAAGGUAAUAUUCCAGAACUGAGAAAGUAUCCCGGAUAUAAGAAAUGCUUCAAGUUCUUCUACGAUCGUUAUUGGCUGUCACUGUCAUAA